AUGGUUAAAGAAAAAACUGUAUUUGUUACAGUAGGAUCAACACGAUUUGAUGCAUUAAUAUCUUCUAUACAACAAAAAGAAGUACAAAAAGCACUAAUUGCACAUGGAUUUUCUAAAAUCUUAGUUCAAUAUGGGAAUUCACAGAAUAUAUUUAAUAAUUGGGAAUCAGUAGAAGGCUUAAAGGUUAAUGGAUUUGAUUAUUCCAAAGAUAUUGAAAAAGCAUUUAAAGAAUCAGAUUUAAUUAUUUCACAUGCGGGUUCAGGAUCUAUUAUAGAAGCAUUAGAACUUAAAAAACAGCUUAUUGUUGUUGUUAAUGAAACGUUAAUGGAUAAUCAUCAGAUUGAAUUAACAGAAGAAAUGAGUCGUCAAAAAUAUCUUAUUUCAAGUACACCAAAGAAUCUUUUACAUACAAUAGAAAACUUUAAUGAAAAAGAAUUAAAACCAUUCCCAUUUCCUACAAAAUCUUUAUUUCCAAUAAUUCUAGAUAAACAUAUGGGAUUAAAUUGA